UGUUGAAGGGUUUACACGAAGAAAUUUACUGUUUGGCUUAAAGCUCGACAUAUUUUGUGCGCAAUUCCUCUCUCUAGUCCCUCUCGAGUGCGUUGAGUAGCUUUUCAGACGACGUUCCGUUUAUAGAUUACACUCGGAGCAUUUGAAUCUGUGAUAUUCUAGUGGACGGUUCACAGUAGACAGUGAACGGUGAACAGUGACCGUGAACAUAGAAGAUAAUAGUUGAGUCUAGGAAUUUCUUUGAGAUUUCGCAUUCAUAUCUGAAAAUACCUGACCAUCUUUGCUGUUAAAAACAUUGCACGGCUCUCUCACAGCAUGGAUGGACUGAAAUGGUUUUAUAGUGAAGUCAUCACAAUGGAAUUACUCGUACCAACAGUAUCAGAUAUAGUCUUCAAGUACACAUGGCCGAUACCAAAUUACAAGAAAACCAUUGCAAAGAAAAGUAUAAUUGAUAGUUCUCCCUUUGAAUUAAAUGUAAAUGGUAUACAAAGCACGUGGAAUAUGUCGAUAAGAUUUUGGAAAGGACCUGAAGGAAACAGAAUAACAAAUCCAGUAGUACUUUGCCUGAACAUGCUUAACUGUACGGUCCACGAAGUAGAACAGGCAAGGAUCCGUUUUCAAUUUGCAGUUUUCAACGCAGAAGUAAAGCACUGGGAAUAUUGCCAUGUUAGCAGAACAGUCCUAGAGUUAAAGUCAACGUCGGACAUCAUCUCCUUGGGUUACAGAGAUUUAUCCAUCGUAGAUCGUCACUUGAAGAAGACUGGCGACGUGGAAGUUAUGGUGAAGAUCCAAAUAAUUCAGUGCGAGAGCGAGAAACAUAAUCUCUCCCAAGAUAUGACAAGACUACUGAGACAUUCAAGAGGGGCAGACACGAAGGUGACUUGUGCAGGUGAUGAUGGAACCGAGAUUCCAGUGCACAGUAGUAUAGUAGCUGCGCGCAGUUCAGUCUUGGCGGACAUGAUAAAGCCAGUUCUAGAUAAAGUGGAACAGUCAGAAUUUUAUGAAGACAAUGACAAUGUCUUACCAGGGGUGAAUGAAAAUGUCGAAAGUCACGAUAAGGAGAGUGUAACGAAGAAUAAGGAAAAGACCAGGCAUCAUUUCAAAUUGGAUCUACUGGAUUUCUCAAAAGAAUUGACAUAUGAACUUUUACGUUACAUUUAUACUGAUCAUGUUGAUAAUUUGGACAGUUUGGCUGCUCAACUGUUACCCCUAGCUGAACGUUUUCAAUUGCAAGGAUUAAAGGAACUUUGUGAACGAAAUCUAAUAGAAACAAUAACACCAGAGAAUGUAGCAACAUUAUUGUUGAUAGCCGAUGAGUAUGGAUGUGAUCCUUUGAAGCGAGCUUGUUUGGCAUGUUGCGAAGAUAACAUUUUGAACAUAAAUAAGAGUUUGGCAUGGAAAGUCAUGGAGCAAGUGAACCCUGAACUGUUCAAUGAAGUUUGUGAAGCAGGUAUUGGAAGUUCACGUUCCAGUAAUAUAGAUGACAGUGAUUAAUAUGUGUAUAUUAUAUAUAUAUAUUAUAAAAAUGAGGUUUUUGUAUAUUUUCAAAUAAGAGGACUGAUGAGUAA